UGGUUAAGCCCUCUGCCUCCACAGAUCACACACCUCGGCAGGAGUGCAAGUCGUCAACAUGUACAAAACGUACGGCACUCCGUGGGAUGACGACAAGACUUCUCUUAACUCCUCUUUUUGGUCUGAUGGAGAGCGUCAAAAGGAGGAGGAGGAGGUGGAGGAGAUUGAGCGAGUGAUCGGCAAGAAAGAGUCCACACCUGUUGGUAAAACAGAGGACUCUUACCAGGAGGCUUCAGAGAAGAUAAUCGGCGAAGAAAAGUCCAAACCCGUCAGUGAUGCAGAAGACUCUUACCAAGAGGCUAUAGAGGAAGAAGAUUCCAGUCCUGCUGGUGAUUCAGAGGACUUUUACCCGGAGGCUUCAGAGGAGGUGGAGAUUAAGCGAGUGAUUGGCAAGGAAGACUCUAAACCUCUUGGCGAUGCCGAAGACUCUUACCAGGAAACUUCAGAGGAGGAAGAGGAGGAGGAGAUUGGGCGGGUGAUCAACGAGGAAGAGUCCAAACUUGCUGGCGAUUCAGAAGACUCUUGCUCGGAGACUUCAGAGGAGGAAGAGGAGGAGAUUGGGCGAGUGAUCAGCGAGGAAGAGUCUAAUCCUGUUGAUGACGCAGAAGACUCUUGCUCGGAGGCUUCAGAGGAGGAAGAGUCCAAACCUCUUGGCGAUGCAGAAGACUCUUACCAGGAGACUUCAGAGGAGGAAGAGGAGGAGAUUGGGCAAGUGAUCAGCGAGGAAGAGUCUAAUCCUGUUGGGGAUGCAGAAGACUCUUACCAGGAGACUUCAGAGGAGGAAGAGGAGGAGAUUGGGCAAGUGAUCAGCAAGGAAGAGUCUAAUCCUGUUGGGGAUGCAGAAGACUCUUACUCGGAGGCUUCAGAGGAGGAAGAGGAGGAGAUUGGGCAAGUGAUCAGCGAGGAAGAGUCUAAUCCUGUUGGGGAUGCAGAAGACUCUUACCAGGAGACUUCAGAGGAGGAAGAGUCCAAACCUGCUGGUUAUUCAGAGGACUUUUACCCGGAGGCUUUAGAGAAGGUGGAGAUUAAGCGAGUGAUUGGCAAGAAAGAGUCUAAACCUCUUGGCGAUGCAGAAGACUCUUACCAGGAAACGUCAGAGGAGGAAGAGGAGGAGAUUGGGCGAGUGAUCAGCAAGGAAGAGUCUAAUCCUGUUGGGGAUGCAGACGACUCUUACUCAGAGGCUUCAGAGAAGGAAGAGUCCAAACCUGUUGGCGAUGCAGAAGACCCUCAUAAGGAGGCUUCAGAGGAGGAAAAGCCUGAACUGAACAACCAGGUCAACAUCAGCAGGGAUACUUUGGAAGGUGGAAGCAACUGUGAUGAUGAAGAAAGCUGUAGCAGCAGUUGUGAUAGUCCAGCUCAGAGUCUGAUGACGUCUGGCUACGGCACGUACAGACCAGAGGAGCAGGAGGGAGGAGACUACAGAGACGACCACACCAUAACAGAGUUUGAUCAAGACAGUCGGGGAGAUCUGUCUGAGAUAAGAGACGACGAAGACGACGACCGUUCGCUGUGCAGCUUUGCCAGGUUUGACGUGGAAGCCACAGUGCCAGACUACAUCGAGACUUGUCCACUGAGCGUGUUAGCGGACGCCGAGCCUGAAGCUAACGUGGCGCGUUGUGCAAACGAUGAUUUGCACAAAGAGGUGGACAUGACAGACAUGAAACCAGAAGAAGAUAAAGACCAGACUGAUGGGAAAUCUGAAGAUGUACAUGCAGCGUCCGACAAUGAAGUAACAAAUGCAACGUCAGAGGAACAACAAUAUUACAACGAUGUAGUUGAAGACAAUUUAGAUGGGAAUCAUUUGGAAGGUGGGUGUGAUGAUGAAGGGGGAAAACAAUGUGAAAGGCUAGAGGAAGAGGUGCAGGACCCUAAAGAAGAGAAAGACGGUGAGGACAAAGUGGAGUCGGAGGAGUCUUCAAGCAACAAGGACAUCAAGUUUAUCGACUCCAAAGUGGAUUUCAGACAAAUGACGUUGAGCAAGAUGUGUGAGUGGGAAGGAAACCUCAGACAGAAGAAGGAUGCAGCGAGCUGUCUGGAGGAGCGACUGGCCGAUCUUCAGUUAUCCUCGUCGGCUCAGCGCGACUUUGAGACUGAGCACGAAGACGUCACCAGUCAGAGUGACACCCGGACCUCAGAGACAGAGGGACUCUCUUUCAGCGCCUUUGAAUCCUACAUAAGAGGCAUGACUCGAAGUCACAGUGAUGGUGACCUCAGGCCCAAACCCAAAUCCUUCAUCCGGCCAGUGAUGAGUCAGCAAACCCUAAAGAAGACAGACCCAGUGGCCAAGUAUUUCCAGUAUAAGCAGCUCUGGGAAAUGUUUAAACUUCCAGGAGAAAAGGACAGGAGAGAUCUCCGCUGGGAGAUAAGGGAACGACUUGCAUACCAGCCUCCGCCACCUAAACCUCGGAGGGUUUAUGUGCCGAACACCUACAUCGUGCCAACAGAGAAGAAGCGCUCAGCCCUCCGCUGGGAGAUCAGGAACGAUUUGGCUAACGGUCUCCCUCCACACAAAUUCAGUCAUCGAUUUUAGGCCUUUUACUCUUCACGUGCCUUUUUAGAUCAUUUUAAUACAACUUUGCAUGCUUUUUCUUUUAAAUCAUUGACAUUAUUUAUUGAUGAUUUUUUUUGUGAAACAUAAUAAACGCAUAAAGAAAACAUU